AUGUCGAUGCUGAACUAUGAGGAUGUGGUGGAGACGGGUUCAGAGACAGACGAGGACGACAGGACUCUGGUCUCUGAGGACAACGGCCUCGUUAAUGGAGACGGAGGAGGAGGUGGAGGAGAAGGUGGAGGAGGAGGAGGAGAGGAUGAAGAGGUGGGCAGCCCGGCCGGUGUUCCCCUACUGGAGGCAUCUCCCCGGGUUGCCCACGCCCUGCUGUCCUACCGGGACCAGGAGGAGGGACAUCAGGACCCCCAUCAGCACUGGAGACUCAGAGACGAGACCAACAGAGACCUGAACGGCAGCGACGACAGGAAAGACGAGUAUGAAGCUGUCAGUCCAGAAGGAAACAGAAUAGUGAGGCGACUGGACGGCGUCUCUGAACUGGACCAGUACUUCCUGAAACGCAAACUUGAGGAUGGAGAUGGUCACCCGGCAACCAUCGCCGAGUACCUGCAGCGCAGCGACACCGCCGUCAUUUACCCAGAAGCCCCGGAGGAGGUGACGCGACAGGGCACGCCCGAAGCCAGUGGUCAGGACGAGAGCGAGCACGAGCUGCUGUCCGGUACACCUGACGCCUUCGCCCAGCUGCUCACCUGUCCGUACUGCGAGCGCGGCUACAAGCGCCUGUCGUCUCUGAAGGAACACAUCAAGUAUCGCCACGAGAGGAGCGAGGAGAACUUCUGCUGCCCGCUGUGUGCCGACAGCUUCGGACAGCGAGCACAGCUGGAGCGUCACAUGACCACGCACCAACCGGCAGGAGACCAGCCGCCGCUCAGCGAAGCAGCUGGAAACCGCAAGUUCAAAUGCAGUGAGUGUGGAAAAGCCUUCAAGUACAAACAUCACCUGAAGGAGCAUCUCCGUAUUCACAGCGGUGAGAAGCCGUACGAGUGCUCCAACUGUAAGAAGCGGUUCUCCCACUCCGGCUCCUACAGCUCCCACAUCAGCAGCAAGAAAUGCAUCGGCCUGAUUGCCGUCAACGGACGAGUGCGCAAUGGAAAUAACGGCAAGCCGGGUUCCUCCCCCAACUCCACGACCUCAUCGCCCGGAAGCCCCGCCCUCGCACAGCUCCGCCACAAACUGGAAAACGGGCGCCCGCUCGGCCCUCUAGACCAACAGGGUCCACUCAACAUCAAAGCCGAGCCGAUCGACUUCAACGAGUACCGGCUGCUGAUGGCCUCUCAGCACGGAUUUGGGGGAUCGGGGGUCUACCUGAACAGCCGUGGUGGAAGCCCACUGGGGGUCCACAGUUCCUCCCAGAGCCCCCUCCAACAUCUUGGGGGCUUGGGGCUGGACCUUCCCCUGCUGGGCUUCUCGGGUUCCUUCGGGAACAACCUGAGCGAGGUGCAGAAGGUGCUUCAGAUUGUGGACAACACAGUGUGCAGGCAGAAGAUGGAUGGGAACCCGGAGGAGAUCUCCAAGCUCAGGGCCUACAUGAGGGAGCUGGGGGCCCAGAUGGAGGAGCAGAGGCUGGCCCAGGCCGGCUUUCAGGUGGUGGGCCAUGGCAGCCCCACGAAGAGCAUCAUCGACUACACGCUGGAGAAGGUCAACGAGGCCAAGAGUCUGAUCGACGACUCCAAGAGGCAAAUGGACAUCAAGAAGGAGAAGCCAAACCACUCAACGGAUCUCAGCGGUGAGGAGAAAUCUCACGAUGGCCACAACCAGUUCCUGCCAUUCUCCUGCCAGUACUGCAAGGAGAACUUCACCGGGCCGAUCCCGCUGCAUCAACACGAGCGCUACCUGUGCAACAUGAACGAGGAGAUCAAAGCAGUCCUGCAGCCGACCGACAGCCGUCCUUCUGGAGGCAGGGAGGCGAUACCUGGUGAGCAGUCCACUAACGAGCAGGCCACCAGUCCCAUCAACGCCUUCAAGGACCAUGUGUCGGUGCUCAAGGCCUACUUUGCCAUGAACACUGAGCCCAACUCGGAGGAACUGCUCAAGAUUUCCACUGCUGUCGGCCUUCCUCAAGAGUUCGUCAAGGAGUGGUUUGCCCAGUGGAAGAGCCAAAACCCCCACGGAGGCCAUCUGAGGAAGAAGUCGCCCCCUCCUGACCGUGGCGGACUGGAUGUCAUCCACUGCUUUAGCCGGUCACCCAUGUCCCAUCCUACCGUAGAUUUACACCGAGGCUACGCUAACGGUGACGCCUCCCACAGACUCACAAAGGCCAACCAGUUCAAGGGCAAGAGGGAGACAACCGGGGACAAACAACUAGACCCCUUAGACCACUUGAGGAGCAACACUCCGUCCCCCCUCAACCUUUCCUCUACUUCCUCCAAAAACUCUGUGAGUAGCUGUUACACUCCGAACAGCCUGUUUUCUGAAGAUGCCCACGGGGAUACACCACUGGACCUGUCACUGCCCAAACACAUGGCCCAGAAGCUCAUGUCUGUGAGAGAGAAGCAACACAGGCCCAACGGCUUUACCAUUCAGCGCAACGGCGAGGCGCUCAGGCGAGAACAUGUGUCCCGGCCCUUAGAUCUGGUCAACAUCAAGAAAGAAGUCCUGGGCUCAGAUGGUGGAGGGAACUCCCUCCACCAUCUGGAGAAAAGCACCAGUCCCAUCUUUGGGAUUAACCCCUUUGCUGGGGGUCCCGUUUACACCUCCCUGCCCCCUCACGGAGCGUUUCCUCCGCCCACCUUCAUGUCUUCUGCCCAGGCCACCAUCCCGGGUCUCAGGUCCUACCCAGGACUGGACCCCAUGAGCUUCCUGCCUCACAUGGCCUACACCUACGCCACCGAGGCAGCCACGUUUGCUGAAAUGCAGCAGAGGAGAAAGUACCAACGGAAACCAGGCUUCCAGGGGGAGCUGCUGGACGGGACGGCGGACUAUCUGUCGGGCCUGGACGACCUGACAGACAGCGACUCGCUGCUGUCCAGGAAGAAGAUGAAGAAGACUGAAAGUGGUAUGUACGCGUGUGACUUGUGCGACAAAACAUUCCAGAAGACCAGUUCCCUCCUAAGACACAAAUAUGAGCACACAGGGAAGCGUCCUCACCAGUGUCAGAUCUGUAAGAAGGCCUUCAAACACAAACACCACCUCAUUGAACACUCGCGCCUCCACUCCGGAGAGAAACCCUACCAGUGCGACAAGUGCGGCAAACGCUUCUCCCACUCGGGUUCGUACUCGCAGCACAUGAACCACCGCUACUCCUACUGCAAGAGGGAGGCGGAGGAGCGCGAGGCGGCCGAGAGGGAGGCCAGGGACAAGGGGGGAGGAGGAGGAGCAGGAGGAGGAGCAGGAGGCCUGGAGCCCACCGAGCUGCUCAUGAGGAGGGCCUACCUCCAGGGGCUCGGCCCGCUAGGAUACUCGGACCCCGAGGACCAGCAGGAGGACGGUACCAUCCUGAGGGACGGCAGCGAGGGAGGAGGACGGGAGGAGAGGGAGGAGGACAAGACGUACGAGGAGGUGGCAGACAGACGGGAGGCAAGUUUCAGGGAAGGAGAGGAGGUAGAGGAGGGGGAGGAGGAAGGAGACAUGAGGAGCCAGACGGACACGACGCAGCUGAUGGACGAGAGCUCAGGAGACGGGAAGAGGGACGGGAAGUCAGACCAGGAGGACUGAUGGAGAGACAAAGAACGCUUUUAUUUUGAAGGGCUGAACACAAAUGAUUGGAGCCAGACAUCGUUUAUCUCACUGUGAUCUAGAACUACAGGCCCAUCAGGUUAAGGUUCUUUGAAUCUAACUUGGUUCUAUCAUCUCUGUGAAGUCCUGAAAUAUUACAUUAACAAUAAAUAACCCUAAAACAUAAUGAAAGACACUUUACAAACGCAAACUUAGCUGAAAGUCCUUUUCUUUUGUUUUUACCGUUAGCUACCAUGUUAGCUGGCUAAUUUUAACUACGCAGCUAAUGCUAACGUUUAUUAGCAGUGUAACUCAACUUAGUAACGACUAAAGAUGUAAAAUCAUGUAAACUACACUCAGGUUUCUAGCUGCUAGUUGAUGAACAGAUGCUAACCGCUCUGCUAACUCUGCUAGCAUGUUCCUGGCUAAAAAGGUAGCGGUUAGCUCUCCAGCUACAGUGGUUCAUGAACUAGCCCGGCACUACGUCAAAUAUUUAGCAAAAGAGAUUCAUCAGGCUGCUGCACCUUUAAAGGGUUUAAUCAGAAAAACAUCUGAUCACCAAAACAACAAUGUGAUAUGAUUUCAUUCUGAUUAAUCUCUACAUUCAGGUUGUUUGUUAAAUUACAGGGAACUUUAAAGUUCUGCAGGUAAAUAAAUCAAACGUCCCAGAUGUUUGGCACACAGUUCAGAUAUCAGUUCUAAAUGAAACCCAAGGCGGCUCUGUCAUCAAAAAUAUGAUCAUCUGUGCUUUUCCUUCAGUCUAAUUAAUAAAAUAUUAAUGUUAUAUAUUAUGAAAUAUAUAAAUAUUAUGAUGCUGCUCAAAUCAUUUCUGUUCAGUCUUCAACCGAAGACACGACGACGUCAUGAAGCCGGUGGGAUUGUUUAAAGAUCCACUUUAUGCAAAAAAGAGAAAUAAAAGAAGUAGUAAUGAUUAUCAUUAUGAGAAGUGAAGCUGUUUUUAAUGUACAGUAUUAUAAAGGCCUAAAAGCUGUGUGGUGCUAUAAUGUUCUUAACUUCCUGUGUCUCGUCGUGUUCCAAACCCCGCAUCAGGAAAUUGCACUUCUCGACUCCUCGAAUCACUACAAAAUAAAACAAAAAUAAUUAACAAAAGAAGAGGGAAAAAAGCCUGGAACACGCGGUCACUUCCUGUCGGUGUUGUUGUUUGUGUUGUGUCUCCUUUCACUGUGACCUUUUUUAUUUGGAUCCUGUUUGAUUAUUUUGCAAACUAACCACACGACUUUGGGCCUCCGGAUUUCUGUUCUGUAUGUGAAGGAACAUUUAAACCUGUGUGAUUUUCAAAAUAAAAUGUUGAUGUAAGUCUUAAAAAGGAGAGGAAAGAUAAAAAUAAAAAGGACGGAGCUUUUGUUUGUGUGUUGAAUUGUUUCUCCAGAGAAAGCCUUAUAUGCAAACCUGUUCACCUGUUUGUUCUGCAAAGUGCCAUCCCUGUACAGUGCAUCACCUGUUUCCUCUGCACCUCCUUUCAUUCGUCAGUGUUACAUAGAUAGACGGCAGUUUGGUAGUUUACAAAUGUUUGUGCAAUUUUAUCUUCUUUUUUGUUCCAUGACAGUAUUUCUUUUCUCAGUAUUUUUUGUUUUUGUUGACUUUUCCAACACAAAUUCAAUUUUGUUUUUAUUUGAGAAUUUACCAUUUUAUUUAUGUGAGUCAUUUUAUAUUUCCUAAUUUUAUUUAUUUCAUACUGUAGUGUACAGUAUUCGAGUUCCUCACAAAUAGAUAUAUUUUAGUAAAAAUGUUUCUGUCAUUGACUAUUGGAGGAAAAUAUGAAUAGAGCGUUCAUGCUAUUUGGAAAAUGUCAAAUGUUUUGCCUUUUGUUUUGUUUUUUUCCUUUGAAACUACUGGAAAUUCUAAAUUUGGGGAACUUUUGAUACGAUGAUUAUUGUGAAAACACUGUAUUUUUGAGUUACAUCCACUUUAUUCAUCCCACUGAGGAGACGAAGGACUGAAGAUGAUGAGGAUGAUGAUGAAGGAAUUCCUGAAAUGUAUGAAGUAUUAUUAUUGAAUUUUUAAUUUCUCUUGGAAAUGACCAUGCUCGAAUAAAUGUAGCCAAAUUAAAUUUUAAUAAAACUGUGUUAUUCU